GGUGUGGUUAUGCACUAGCAGCAACCUCUCCAGCGAAAAAAGUGUGCAAUAUAAAAGCACCUUCGUCCCUGGAAUCGAUACCAGAUCACUUUCAGUUGCAAUCAGCACACUUUCUUUCACUUUGUGAAUUAUCAACCUCCCAAAACCUCAUCAACAUGCAGGUCGUCGCUAUCAUCCUGGCUUUCGCCGCCGUCGCUUCCGCCGGACUCGUUUCUACUCCAAUCGCAUACUCUGCCCCCACCGUCAUCUCCAGAGCCCCAGCUUUCGAUUCUGCCGUCAUCAAGAGCGACCGACUUGGAGGAAACUUUGCUUAUUCGGUUGCUGAGAACCACGCCUAUGCUGCCCACACCCCAAUCGUCCAACACGUCACCUCCCCCGUUGGAGUCACCUACGCCGCUGGAGCCCCAGUCGUGACCGGAUACAGCGCCCCAGCCAUUCACGCCUAUGCUGCCCCACUCGCCUUCGGUGGAGUCGUUCGAUCCUGGUAAUUUUAGUAUAAAAUAUUUGUAUUUUUUGUAUAUCAGCAAAAUCAAAAAUGACAACAGUUAAAAAAUCGAUACAUGUACAUCGUUUCAUGAUUCCAAAUUCCAAUAUUCAGCAUUAAGUUCACAUUUAAAAAAUAAAGUGCUCUUAAUAAAUUGGCUACGUAAUAAAAACUCGUA